AUAGAUAUAUUCAAUGUAUUAAAAAUUUACGAAUUACAAAAAAAAAGUAUUCCCCAAUUGAUUACCGACAAGUUUUCCUUAUACCGUAUCAGCGCUAAUCACAUGUAAUCAGUAGUGCUCUAUGAUAUUUGACCGGUAAAAAACGAGAUCGAAAGUAUGAGUGAGGUCCGACUGACGGACACACACUUGUUGCCGACCAGGACGCAAAGGAUUCGCAAGGUCGGGUACGUCAUGACGAUUGUCGUGAGCUUAACCUGUGGUGGCAUGAUUAUGCGGGCCCAGUCUCGUUACCGCUCUUUCCUGUACAACGCAACACUGACCGCGCACGGCUGGUGGUCGGAUAAAGAUGACCGAACCCGUUUACUGAACGAGCUUUACGAGUACCACCGGACCGGGAAUUAUAUCGAAACGUUCAUGAAUAAUCCGUUAUGGCUGAUAGCUUCGGCCAUAUGUAUCAGAGUUGGCGUGAUUGGAGUGCAAUCGCAGCGUUUAGCGAACAUCCGUAUAUUUUUGAUUUGGUACGAUGUUUGGUGUUUGGUACGAUCGAUUGUUGCCAAUUUAAAGUUUACCGACACCUAUCUAAAUGUACAAAAUAACAUAUCAAAAUUAUCAGUGAAUAACGAUUAUUUUAGCAAAAAUUUUCAAAAAUCUGUACAACCGCAUUACGAAGUUUCUAUAAUAUUAUUUUGGGUUCUGAGCUGUUUGUGCACCAUGAAUUUCAUACUGAGUUUUUGCCGCUCCACCAUCGACAAUGACGACAACUGGAUAGAUUGCAAAGAUAAAUGGGUAGACAUCCCAACGAUCUGGUACUAUGACUAUGUGAAGAUGAAAAUUAAAAAAAGGCGGCCCUCGGUCCGGCGUUUAUUGGCAUCACGACGUCGGCGCACAGCCACCACGAGACGUCUGAGGACAAAGUACCCAUUAUCGGAAUCGAUAAAAAAAAUAUUUUAGUUUGUAUCAAAAAGACUUA